CUCCCUUCCGCCCCCGAGUGCGGCGGCACCGCCUCCUUCCGCGUCGCGCGGCUUCCUCCAGACCUCUCGGCGCGGGUGAGUCCUGUUCCCAGAGGCAGCUGGUGCUGGCCCCGUAAUCUAAAGGAAGAAAUAGCUGGCUGAACUCAGCCUUGGUACUGGUGACCACCAUGUCCUUGAAGAUUCAGACAAGCAAUGUAACCAACAAGAAUGACCCCAAAUCCAUCAAUUCUCGGGUCUUCAUUGGAAACCUCAACACAGCAGUGGUGAAGAAGUCAGAUGUGGAGACCAUCUUUUCCAAGUAUGGCCGUGUGGCCGGCUGCUCCGUGCACAAGGGCUAUGCCUUUGUCCAGUAUGCCAAUGAGCGCCAUGCCCGGGCAGCUGUGUUGGGAGAGAAUGGGCGAGUGCUCGCCGGGCAGACCCUGGACAUCAACAUGGCUGGAGAGCCCAAGCCCAACAGACCCAAGGGGCUAAAGAGAGCAGCAUCUGCCAUAUACAGUGGCUUCAGCUUUGACUAUGAUUACUACCGGGACGACUUCUACGACAGGCUCUUCGACUAUCGGGGCCGCCUGUCGCCGGUGCCAGUGCCCAGGGCGGUCCCCGUGAAGCGACCCCGGGUCACAGUCCCUUUGGUCCGGCGUGUCAAAACCACCAUACCUGUCAAGCUCUUUGCCCGCUCUACAGCCAUCACCACCGGCUCGGCCAAGAUCAAGUUGAAGAGCAGUGAGCUGCAGACCAUCAAGACAGAGCUGACGCAGAUCAAGUCCAACAUUGACGCCCUGCUGGGCCGCUUGGAGCAGAUUGCUGAGGAGCAAAAGGCCAACCCAGAUGGCAAGAAGAAGGGUGACGGUGGCAGCGGCGGCGGCAGUGGCAGUGGCAGCGGCAGCGGCGGUGGCAGCGGCAGUGGUGGUAACAGCCGGCCCCCGGCCCCCCAAGAGGACACAACUUCCGAGGCAGGCACGCCCCAGGGAACGGCACAGGCUCGAGACGACGGCGAUGAGGAGGGGCUUCUGACGCACAGCGAGGAAGAGCUGGAGCACAGCCAGGACACAGAUGUGGAGGAUGGGGCCUUGCAGUAAGCAGCCUGACAGGAGCGAUGGCCACCGGCAGGAGAAGGGCGUGCACUAUUCCUAGGCCUCAAGCCGGGCACCUACCCCUGGGUGCCUCCCCCCAGUGGGUACCAGAGGAGAGCUGGCAGCAGGCACCUCCUCCCCACCACGCACCCCAGCCAGUGCCACGUCUUCUGCAGGUGGAGCUGUCAGCCUACCCCUUACCCAUGCCCCCUCCUUGUUUGUACUGCCCAGGCCAGAGGGCAGAGCACAGAGAUCUCCCCACAUUCCACCUUCCCUCCCCAGCACACUCCCAGGCUUGGGAUUUUUCUAUUGGUUUGGAGAAGAUGGGGCCUCAGGGAGGGGACCCUGACAAUAAAGAGAUUGGAUCCCAA